GUUGAAGUUGCAUUGUCCUUUUUCGUACAUUUCAACAUUUCCACUGCCUGUAGAGGGAAGCACUGCGCUGGAGUCGAUGAUUGCUGUACUUGAGAAGACUGAGGAAGAAGAAGCAAAGGGCGGCCUUCACCGAUACAGCACAUCCAGGCAAGUUAAUUUAGCUAUAACGAGAAAUCACUUUCCCUCCUUUCAGAUAACCGACGCGAGGUUUGUCUGGAAUAAAGAUAUAUUCAUGUGCUGGCUGAGGAGUGGAUAUUAAAACAGGCAAACAUGUCCAGAGCAUGUCAGGACAGAAGAAGUCGCUGGCAGGAGAUUCAGAAAGGCCUGCAGUUCAUCCAAUCAACCCUUCCGUUUCCUGGAAGUCAAGAUAAGUAUGAGGUGUUCAUUAAGGAUCUCGUGUGGAAUCUUUUUGGAGAAGGAAAUGACGUGUUUAAAGAAGGGGACUGGACAAAAUCCAUUGAGAUGUACACCGAAGCCUUGAGUAUAGCAGAGUAUGCUGACUCGGAAGAAAUCUGUAUUCCAACAGGUUUACUGGAAAAGCUGUAUGCUAAUCGGGCCGCUGCGUAUUUAAACAUUGUUCCGGGACUGUAUGACCAAGCAUUAGAAGACUGUGAAAAGGCUCUCCAGUUGAAUGAAGGGAACUACAGAGCACUGUACAGGAAAGCAAAAUCUUUAAAGGAGUUGGGGAGACAUCAAGAGGCCUACGAGGCUGUUGCCAAAUGUUCUCUAGCAGUGCCUCAGGUAAGGUCUUUAACAGUGUCUGUGUGUUUUAUGUUGAUGUAUCCAAAUAUGCAGGAGAGACACGCACUUUUUUUUUUUUGUUGUUGUUGUAAGCAAAUACUUUAAAUGCUGUCCAA